GGAGGUGAUGCUCACGAGCUACAUGUCUGUAAAGCCCUCACUGCUUUUAUCCCCUUCCUCUCUCCCGCCACCCUCCAUUCCCUCAUCCAUGGACCCCUAGUCCCUCUCAUCUCAUAACUCUUUCGCUCUCUCAUAACUCAUCUUCGCUCUCUCUCUCUCUCUCUCUCUGCUGCCAGACGCCCGCCAUUAACGAAAAGCUCUCAGACCUUAAGAUUCAGUUCAAAGUUGAACCCAAAAGGCAAAACCGCGCCAUUAAUCUGUGUCUAUCAUCUGUUUCCAAGCCGCAAACCUUAAAAAAAAUUCUAUCUUUGGAUCAAACCUUGAAAAAAACGUCAUUUUGUUCCAUGCCGAAGCCCCAUUUCCUCCUCCUCGUCUUCCUCCUGCACAUAAGCUCAUCUUUUCUCCCUCUCUUCUCACGCGCACAGCAGCUCUCCGCCUCCCAGUCUCAAACCAUCUUCCGCCUCCGACGAAUCCUCGAAUACCCCCCACCACUCGUGUCAUGGAAUCGCUACACUUCCUUCUGCAACCUCCCCUCUUCAUCCUCCCUUUCCAUAUCAUGCUCCUCCACCGGCCAAAUUACCAAGCUUUCCAUCUCGGGCGAUCGCCGUCGUCCCGCUCUGUCGGCUAACUUCUCCUCCUACUCCCUCUUCACCACUCUGUCCAGACUCAACAGCCUCACCUCCCUCUCACUUGUCUCCUUAGGUAUUUGGGGCCCUCUGCCUACCAAAAUCAAGAGGAUGUCUUCUCUGAAAUCCCUCAAUCUCAGCUCCAAUUACUUCAAUGGAACUUUUCCUGAUUUCAAAUCCAUGCCCCUUCUCAGCGAAUUAGAUUUGGGUGAAAAUUUUCUCGGACCUGACUUUCCUUCCCUUGGGAACAACAUUGCAACACUAGUACUUCAAAAAAACCGCAUUCGUUCAGAGUUACCCGCGCUUCUUGCAUCCUUACAUCAACUUGAGAAGCUUGAUUUAUCUUUCAAUCAGCUCAGUGGGCCGAUUCCACCAUCUCUUUUCUCCCUCUCAACUCUUCAAUACUUAGACUUGUCAGCUAACAAGUUGCAGGGCGCUUUCCCUGCAACUCUAUCUUGUGGAAAAGAUCUAAAUUUUGUUAACAUAUCAAGCAAUCUUUUGGUGGGAAGUUUGCCUCCUUGCAUUCGCCAUAACUCCUCCAAUCUUCUCGUCCUCAAUUCAUGGAACUGUCUCUCAACUGCUGAUCUAAUAUACCAACAUCCGAAUUCUUACUGUAUGAAAAAGCCGUUGGCUGCAGUGUUGCCGGAUUCCAACAAGAAAGCUGGCUCCAAGAGCAAAUUGGGCCUGAUACUGAGCCUCGUGGGAGGAAUCAUCGGAUUGGUUUUACUGUUCGGGCUGUUGCUGCUAUUAUUCAUCAGGAAGGUGAAACCAGAAAUCAAUGGAGUGAAGUCCUUGCACCGCACAAUUGAUGACAGUAAAUCCAUUUUUUCUGCCAAAAGAACUCCAGCUGAUGCAAGGCACAUGUCUCAGGGAGUGAUUAUUGGUACAUUGGGAAUUACACCAUACCGUGUUUUUGCUUUUGAGGAACUUGAAGAAGCCACCAAAGGCUUUGACUCAUCCAAUUUGAUUUCAGAUGGUCGUCAGGGACAGUUCUUCAAGGGGUGGCUCCAAGAUGGCUCCGCAGUUAUUGUGAGAAGCUUGAAGUUGAAACAAAAGUACUCAUCUCAGAGCCUUCUUCAAUACAUAGACAUCAUUUCUAAGCUCAGACAUCGUCAUCUCGUCAGUAUCCUUGGGCAUUGCAUUGCUAAUGGCGAGGGGAACGCUAAUGUGCCAAGCCUUGUUUUCCUUGUUUUCGAAUAUGUUUCCAACGGAACUCUUAGGAAUCAUCUUACUGAUUGGAGAAAGCGUGAGAUGCUUAAAUGGCCACAGAGAGUAACAGCUGUAAUCGGAGUAGCUAAAGGAUUGCAAUUCCUGCAUUCUGUUAUAGUCCCUGGUAUAUCAGGGAAUGUUCUCAAAAUCGAAAACAUUUUGCUGGAUGAAAUUCUAACAGCAAAAAUUAGUAAUUAUAAUCUUCCUGUAUUACCAAAGAAUAAGAACAAAAAGGUUGGUUGUGAAAUCCCGUUCGCUGAUUGCGGAGACGAGACUUUUGGCAGCAUUCAAAAUUUUGAUGAUGGUGAAAAGAAAGACAUUUAUCAGUUGGGUUUGAUCCUCUUGGAAGUCAUUACAGGCAAACCUCAUGAAGCACAGGAGUUGGAUGAAGUCAGAGCUCAACUUCUGAAGAGCUUGAAUGAAUCUCCGGCGAAACUUGGCGCAAUAGUGGACUCGGCCAUUCGCAACACAUUUGCACAUGAUUCCCUGAGAAGGGCUGUUGAAAUAGCUAUUAAUUGUGUAUCUAAAGAUUUAAAGCAGAGGCCAUCUAUUGAUGAUAUUCUUUGGAAUCUGCAGUAUUGUAUCCAAAUUCAGAAUGGCUGGGCCAGCAGUGAGAAUCUUAGCACUCAGUCAUGAAGUAUUUAUGACUCUUAAGGCUUGCAAGGGUGGGCUGUGCUUUUUCGUUUUUCCUAAUAAGGUUUCAUUGUAGUUUGCAGAUGCUAUUUAAUUGUACAUGCUUACAUUUUAGAAACAAAUAAACAGUACAAACAUAUCGUGCUGAUUUGAAUUCAGUGUGAUGUAAAGUUGCUAUAUGUUUGUGAAUAAAUUUCAGUCCUUUUUUUGUGUUUUGUCA